GCGCGGCGCUAGGACCCCGCGGGCCCGGGCGGCUGCGGGCCUGGGCGGCCGGAGCGGCGGGGACCCCGGCUCUCGGCUCCCGGCGCCAUGUGAGGGGGCUCGGGGGGCCGCGGGGGGCCCGGCGCUCCCCGGCGGAGAUGAGGAAGCGGAGGCUCAGAGAGGUCGCAUGGCUUGCUCGAGGCCCCCCAGCCAGUGUGACCCCACAUCCCUGCCCCCCGGGCCACCUGCAGGACACUGGCCCCUCCCCCUCAGCAGACGCCGGAGAGAGAUGAGUAGCAACAAAGAGCAGCGGUCAGCGGUGUUCGUGAUCCUCUUUGCCCUCAUCACCAUCCUCAUCCUCUACAGCUCCAACAGUGCCAAUGAGGUCUUCCACUACGGCUCCCUACGGGGCCGCACGCGUCGGCCCGUCAACCUCAAGAAGUGGAGCUACGCCCAUGGUUACAUCCCCCUUCUUGGCAACAAGACGCUGCCCUCCCGGUGCCACCAGUGUGUGAUUGUCACCAGCUCCAGCCACCUUCUGGGCACCAAACUGGGCCCGGAGAUUGAGCGGGCUGAGUGCACCAUUCGCAUGAAUGAUGCACCCACCACGGGCUACUCCGCCGACGUAGGCAACAAAACCACCUUCCGCGUGGUGGCUCAUUCCAGUGUGUUCCGGGUGCUGCGAAGGCCCCAGGAGUUUGUCAACCGGACCCCGGAAACUGUCUUCAUCUUUUGGGGUCCCCCAAGCAAGAUGCAGAAGCCCCAAGGCAGCCUCGUGCGUGUCAUCCAGAGGGCAGGCCUGGCAUUCCCCAACAUGGAGGCUUACGCCGUCUCUCCCAACCGCAUGCAACAGUUUGACGACCUCUUCCGGGGUGAGACGGGCAAGGACAGGGAGAAGUCCCAUUCGUGGUUGAGCACAGGCUGGUUUACCUUGGGGAUUGCAGUGGAGUUGUGUGAUCAUGUGCACGUCUAUGGCAUGGUUCCCCCCGAGUACUGCAGCCAGCGGCCCCGCCUGCAGCGCAUACCCUACCACUACUACGAGCCCAAGGGGCCGGAUGAGUGUGUCACCUACAUCCAGAACGAACACAGCCGCAAGGGCAACCACCACCGCUUCAUCACCGAGAAGAGGGUCUUCUCAUCCUGGGCGCAGCUGUAUGGCAUCACCUUCUCUCACCCCUCCUGGACCUAGGCUGUCCUGCCUGGGGGGAACCUCAUGAGGGACUGGGGAGCGGCUCGGGAGACCCAGUUCAGAACACCAAUCAAGGCGAGCGUACCUCUUAGCCAAUCAGGGCCUUGAUGAAGGUGUAUCUUCCAGCCAAUCAGGGCCUGUUGGGGGGGUCGGGGAGAGUGCAUCCUCCAGCGAAAUCCUCCAAUCUGGGCGUUAUCUCUUGGCCAAUCAGGGAAUUGGGAUUCUUUGUGGUUAAUCAGGGGUAUCAGGAAGGCUUUCUUGUCCAGUCAGGGUCUGAGUAGAGUCAAUCAGGGUAUAGGGGGUCUUUCUGAGUCAAUUUGAGGCUAAGGAUUUUUCCUUUCCCAUGAGGCCUUGGUUCAGAGCCCCAGGAAUGGACCCCAGAUCACUCCUUUACUUAGCUGGGAUAAUGGGGUCCUCUAUCCCAAGGAGCUGGGAACUUGGUGUCGCCCCCUCAAUUCCAGACAUCAAAGAAAACGGAGGGGAGAGGAGGUAGGAGCUAUCUGAGGCCCGGCCAGAGAACUUGUGGAAAUGGUGGCAGGCCCAAGCAGUAGAGGCCCUGACGCCAGGUGUUGGCUUCUCCCUAAGUGACCUUGGACAAGCCCCUCCCCAGGCUCACAGCGGGGGUCAGAUGUGAAGUCUGAGACUCUCCCCCCCCCCCCCAACCACUGACCACCCUGUCCUAAAACUGUACCCAACCACCACCCUUUGCUAGGAAGCUCAGCUCUGUGGGGAGAGGCUAAGAAGGCCCCUCCUCAUUUCCUUCGGGAAGACUUUUGGGCAUUUUCUUUUGCACCAACUCCCCAAGGUUGGGAGACAGGCUGGAAAUGGGAAAAAGGGGAAAAAACCUUAGGGGCCGCUUUUUGUUAACCUCUGCUCAGCUGCCAUUUCCUUGGCUCUUAAAGGGCCAGUACUCCUUUUCUGCAGGAGGCGUCUGCUGCCGAGCAAGUCUCUUCAGCCUCUGGGGUAGACAGAGGAGGGGUGUCAGCCACACUGGGGUGCCAGGCAGUCUUGGGGAGAUGCUGGGCCUGGGUGGAGGCUGUGGAGUGGUAGGGCUGGAGGUGGAGUCUUGACACGGGCGGGAGGGGAGGAGGGCGGCGCCAGCCCUCGCUCGACAUGGUUUUGUAAUGGUUUAUACAGGAAUAAACACACCUAAUGAA